AUGCAGAUGGCCAGACAAGUUUGCUCCCAGGACCCUGGACAGCGGCAGAUGCUGGACCAGGCAGCCUGGCAGCUGCAGAUCAAUCGGCUUGAGGCCUUAGAGAACGACAAUUUCCAGGAUGACCCCCAUGCAGGCCUUCCCCAGGGGGGCAAGAGGCUGCCUCAGUUUGAUGACGAUGCAGACACAGGAAAGAAAAAGAAGAAAACUCGAGGUGACCAUUUCAAGCUUCCCUUCGGGAAAAACUUCCAGGCUUUGCUGGAGGAGCAGAACCUGAGUGUGUCUGAGGGUCCCAACUACUUGACAGCCUGUGCGGGUCCCCCAUCCAGACCCCAGCACCCCUUCUGUGCUGUAUGUGGCUUCCCAUCCCCGUACACCUGUGUAAGCUGUGGUGCCCGGUACUGCACAGUGCGCUGCCUGGGCACCCACCAGGAGACCAGGUGUCUGAAGUGUACCAUGUAAACCUGCAUCAGGAGAGGAA